GUGAAGAAGGGAGGAAAAUAAACAGAAACAGAGGGAGAGCGAGGGAACAGGCAGUCCUCCCUCAGUGACGGCUCAGGACUGACACAGAGGAGCGGAAGGGCUCUACAGAGAGAGGGAGAGAGAGACGACAAGAAGAAAGACACAGAGAACUUGUAGACACGUUCUCCCCUCAGUUACCAUGGCAUCGGCAGCUCCCCAGAAGCGGAUGGUGUCCUCUGUCUUCAUCACUUUGGCCUCCCCACACCGUGCCACCGUCACUCCGAGCACACACACCACAAACACACACACUGCUACGCGUGUGAGCUCCAAGGACAGCGGACCCAGCCCGCUCUCACCCACAGUGCGCAGUGACACACGCCACACUCACAGCACCCUGCCUAGAGACACGUCCGUUGGCUCUCAGACUCCCACCCCCUCCAGCUCCAUACCCCCCAGCCCCACACAGACACUCCUCUCGCCGGGCCCCAGGGUGGCACCUCCUCCCUCAGCCACCAGCCUGCAUAGCCCUACAUCCUGGACGGAGGAGACUACUAGAAUCAGGAACAGCGAAGACCUUCCGCCGCCUCCCCCUCCGUCCCCACCCCCACCGGCUGUCCAGGAUGUGGAGCUCUGUUCAGACCUCACCACUCCCCUGCCUCCCCCACCUGUCCUCGAAGCCACAUCUGAUCCCUCCCUCUCACUCAGCCAGGGUGAUCCUCCUCAAUCUGCAUCUCAGAUGAGUAAUGUACCUGUAAGGGAGCUUGAAGAGAGAUCGCCCCCAGGUGGUGGGAACCAGGAUAAGUUGGUCCAGCCGGCUCAGCCAAGCCAGGAAGAAGAGAUAGAACAAGGCAGCCGAGAUGUGUGUGGCUUUUGUCGAAAGGCAGUGGCUCUCACCGAUUCGGCCAUCGAAGCCCUGAACAGGACAUAUCACGCCAGCUGUUUCCAGUGCAGGCAGUGCCAAACCGCUUUAGCUGGGAAGAUGUACUACAACAAGGCAGGGAUACCGCUCUGUGAGGACUGCUAUCUGGCUAGUCUGGAACAGUGCUGGGCAUGUGGAGAGCCAAUCAAGGACCAUGUGAUCCGAGCACUAGGACGAGCUUACCACCCACCCUGUUUUAUUUGCACAACGUGCAGCCGACCAAUCGGGGAGGAGAGAUUUGCUCAGGGGGAUGUUGGAGAAGUGUACUGCCUUCCUGAUUACUACAGGAAAUACGCACCGCAGUGCAGUGUUUGCCAGCAGUCGAUCGUACCAGGAGAGGACGGCAGGGAUAGCUACACCGUGGAGUGUCUGGGCCGCUCUUUCCAUGAGGACUGCUAUCGCUGCGAGGUCUGCAGCAUCUUGCUCUCAACUGAGCCAAAUGAGCUAGGCUGCUUUCCUCUGGACGGACAGAUUCUUUGCAAGCCGUGUCACUUGACUCUUGUCCAGGAAGGCCAUCGCUGAGGUUUCUCUAAGGGUGGCAGAAGGACAAGCCCGGAGAGCAGGGUGUGGACAGUGCCAGGGGAAAUAACUUCCUUUUGCGCUGAGCUUGUGCAUUGCGUAUUUCUCAGUAUGAUAUGUGAGCAUAAAAUGGGACCAAUGAAUGUCUUCAUAUUUUAGUAUUCAUAAAAAAGAUGGUUGUCCCCAUAACUUCUUUUUUUUAUAUAAAUGAUAAAUGUAGCAAUGUGUAUGUUUGUCUUUGAUUUCUGAUGUUUCCCAACUCUUACUUGAUAAAUGUAUUGUGCACUCUUUUUCAAUAUGCACCAGGAAUUUCAAUGCACCAAAGAUAUUUAUUCCUUAACAAUUUCCAAGUAUUUUGUUAUUUCAUGUAUGUUUUGUUUUUAUGCCAUACACUAUAUGCUUAGAUCACCAUUAUAUCAUUUCAAAAAAAUAAUUGAAAAAAAUAAUAAAACUAAUAUAUUGAAUCUA